AUGGAACCGGAGAUAACACUCCUUUGCAACCCUGAAGACGACAGUAUCUUCCCGUCACCUGGAACUCACGCAAACCCAAUGGAAUUUGCCAGCUUCGACGAGCAUAGUGCUGGGUCGAGCUCAAUCCCGGUUGAUGUAGGUGAAAUGUGCGACUAUCCGAUGGCCGCUUCAGAGGCUCUGAGCUCAUUGGCUAUAAACACCAAGCAAGACUCGGGAUCUCCCAAAAGCGUUUCAAAAUCGGAAUGGCGAUUUGAAGAAGCAGAAAUGCCUUCAAUCAGUAUGACGGAUGUUGCUUCGGACGGGCUGUAUUACUGCCAGCGGGAGACGUGUCGCGAUCGGGAGGGUUUCCAGCAGAAGGGACUUUUUCGAAAACACUUACGAUGGCAUGAGAAACUAAUCAAAUGUCCUGUGUGCGAUUACGCUGCUGCACAACAAGGGGAUAUGCGCCGACAUGUCGAGCGUGCUCAUAACACGUGGGCUAAGCAACGCUGGAAUGUGGAAGAACAGUUCUCUUGUCAGAUGUGCAAUGUCUCGUUUACACGCAAGGAUAACUUCCAACGACACUGCAGGAAAAAGCAUCCAGUUGAUAUGAGAAGAUAGAAAAUAUGAUUGUGAUUGUC